UAGACUGCACUGAUCAGGAGGAAGUAGUUCACUUCCUUCCAUUAGAAAUGGGAACGCUAGUAACUAUUAGCCACAGUUAGCUUAUCUAAAACGUAAACUAACGUGAAAAUACUUUGUUGUCAUUGUUCCGGGACGAACAGUUUGAUAGUUUAGAUUUAACUCUUAUUAUUUAAACCGAGCUGGUGUAGAAAUGCGUCGCAGAGGAGUCGGAGCCGGAGCUGUGGCGAAGAAGAAGCUAGCGGAGGCCAAAUACAAAGAAAGAGGAAACGUUCUGGCAGAAGAUCAGAUUGUUCAGAUGUCCAAACAGCUGGAGACGUUCAAAUCCAACCUGGAGGAGUUCGCCAGCAAACACAAGCAGGAAAUUCGAAAGAGCUCCGAGUUCAGGGUUCAGUUCCAGGAAAUGUGUGCGACCAUCGGAGUCGACCCUCUGGCCUCUGGAAAAGGCUUUUGGUCGGAGAUGCUCGGUGUCGGUGACUUCUACUACGAGCUCGGUGUUCAGAUUAUUGAAGUGUGCCUGGCGCUGAAACACAGAAAUGGAGGGCUCAUUACUUUGAAUGAACUCCAUCAGAGAGUCCUGAGCGGAAGAGGUAAAUACGCUCAGGAUGUGAGCCAAGACGACUUGAUGAGAGCGAUAAAGAAACUGAAGGUGAUGGGGAAUGGCUUUGGGAUGAUUCCUGUCGGUGGGUCCUAUUUGGUGCAGUCAGUUCCAGCAGAGCUCAACAUGGAUCAUACUGUGGUUCUGCAGCUGGCCGAGAAAAAGGGAUUCGUCACAGUGGGUGAGAUCAAGGAAGGUCUCAAAUGGGAGAAGGAGCGAGCUUGUCACGUUCUGGAUCACCUGCUGAAAGAGGGUUUGGCCUGGGUGGACUCUCAGGCAGCCGGGGAGUCCCAGUACUGGUUUCCUGCUCUCUUCUCCGAGCUCACAUCCCGGGACGUCACACCAGAGGAGGCCAAUCAGAUGUCACCUUAGGAAAGAGCUGGGCUGGACCCUGGACUUCGAGCCGGUGACAGUUUCAGACACGUUGGGGAAACACAAGGUGGAGUGAAGGGUCAUGUGAUGGACUUGGGUGGUUCCCCGGAGCUGGCAGCGAACUCUGGACACGAGGAAGGAAAACUCUCCUCCUCAGGUUCUCAUCGACAACAAGUGCACCGAGUUUAUUACUGAGUCACUGGAAUCAGCUUGAGUUUUGUGACAGUGCAUCUGAAAUCCACUGUAACGUCUCCUCAUGUAGUCGUGGUUGUUUUAACUGUUUUGAACUGUUGAGUUUUGCACGUAGAAACUUUAUCUUUGACAGAAAACACAACAUCAGCUUUAUUGCACAAGUUGAACCUAAUUUUUAUUAAAUCAUCUGGACCAUUUUACAUGUGCUUAUGGUCGUUGGCACAAACUCCCCGGUUCGAUUGGAACGACAUCAACAAUUCAUCCUGUCAAGUUUAUUUAAAACAAAUAAAACAUUAAAAUAAACACAUGAAUCCAUAGAAGUGAUCACAGAAAUGACUUCUGAGAUACUAAGUGCACAGCUUCAAUGGAAAUGAAUAAUUGUGAUAAAUAUAUUUCAUCUUCUUUAAGAUCACAUAAUUUACUUGAGUAUGUUUUUGCCCCUUCACCAUUUUUCAUGUUUAUCUCUAUACAGAAUCUCUAAUGGCAUCAUAUUAGCUUUAGUUUAAAAGAAAAUAAACGGUUUCCUCUUUAGACCUUUUUAAAUCAAGUAAUUAAAAGAUCAAAUUUGACCAAAAUAGAUGUGGAUGUGAUGGAUUUGAUAACCAACAGAGAACAGUAAACUGUAAAACUCCUGGAAUUCACACUUCAGAUUUAAGAAGGAAUCAUUUGAAUUAAAGCAGCAGAUCUCAGACUCCCAGAGAACUGAGCAAUUUCACUGUGAAGAAUCUUUCUCUGAAUUCACGAAACUCCUCCAGAGCCCGAGAACAAAUGAUUUCAUCUGCUCCUCAGGCUUUUCCUCCCCUUCACCACUUAUAUCAUGUGUAAAGCGUAAAGAGCGUCAGUUUUACAGUUGAGAAUAAUUGGCAGUAAAUUAUUAUAAGCAGAAAAAUGGUAUUUUAAACAUGACCACCUAGCCGA